CCGCCCGUCCCCGGCCGGGCCAUGGCGGCGGCGGCCGCGCUGUGCCUGGGCCGGGCCCCGCGGCCGCCGCGGCCGCUCGUGGUGAUCCUGGGCGCCACCGGCACCGGGAAAUCGGCGCUGGCGCUGCAGCUCGGGCUGCGGCUCGGCGGGGAGAUCGUCAGCGCUGACUCCAUGCAGGUCUACAAGGGUUUGGACAUCAUCACCAACAAGGUUUCCCCUCAGGAGCAGCGUCUCUGCAGACACCACAUGAUCAGCUUUGUGGAUCCCCUUGUCUCCAACUACACCGUGGUGGAUUUCAGGGACAAAGCCGUGCCUCUGAUAUCCUAUAUCUUUGCCCGGGACAAGAUCCCCAUUGUUGUGGGAGGAACCAACUACUACAUCGAGUCCCUGCUCUGGAAGGUCCUUAUCAACACCAAGGAGAGGCCCAGCAGUGCCCCCAGGCUGCACAGUGACAGGAAAGUGGAGCUGGAGCAGCUGGACAGUGCUGAGCUGCACCGGCGCCUGAGGCAGGUGGACCCCGCGAUGGCGGCCAAGCUGCACCCCCACGACAAGCGCAAGGUGGCCAGGAGCCUCCAAGUGUUUGAAGAGACAGGGAUCCCCCACAGUGAAAUCCUGCACCAGCAGCAGGGGGAGGAAGGCGGGGGGCCCUUAGGUGGGCCCCUGAAAUACCCACAUUCCUGCAUCCUGUGGCUCCACGCAGACCAGGCAGCUCUGGAUGCAAGGCUGGAGAAGAGGGUGGAUGACAUGGUGGCUGCAGGGCUGCUGGAGGAGCUGCGGGACUUCCACCGCCGCUACAACCAGGACAAGGUGGCACAGAACCGGCAGGAUUAUCAGCAUGGCAUCUUCCAGUCCAUUGGCUUCAAGGAAUUCCACGAGUACCUCGUCAGUGAAGGGAAGUGCUCGCCAGAAACCAGUGCCCUGCUGCUGGAAAAAGGGAUCCAGGCCCUGAAGCAGGUGACCAAGAGAUACGCCCGGAGGCAGAACAAAUGGGUCCGGAACCGCUUCCUGAAACGUCCUGGGCCCAACGUGCCCCCAGUCUAUGGCUUGGAGGUGUCUGACCUGCAGCGCUGGGAGGAGGAUGUGCUGAAACCUGCCCUGGAGAUCGUGGAGAGCUUCAUCCAGGGCCGUGAGCCCCCAGUGGAGCCCCUGAGGAUGGAGCAGGACGAGGAGAACAAGCGGAGCCACCGCGUGUGUGAGCUGUGUGACAGAAUCAUCAUCGGGGACAGGGAGUGGGCAGCUGAACUGGGCUCAGAUCCACAGAUGGUGGGAGAAAAAUGCUCCAAAUCCUGGCUGUUAUUGUGCCUGCAAAAUGGAAAAGUGAGCUCACACUCGCUCCAAAUCCCACCUGCACCACCUGAAGAAGAGGAGGAAGCUGGAGGAGUCCAGAGGGACCGUGGGGGACAGUGGGGACACAGGGAGCUCGGACGAGGACAGCAGCCUGCCUUUGCCUUAGGCCUGGAAAAGGGAACAGCUGUGCCUCCACCUGCACAGAGAGGAAGCUCCUUAGUCCUGGGCAACCUUGAACCAAGGAGCUGAGUCAUUUUUUUUGGGGAUGAGGCAGGUGUGUGAGAGCAAAGGCAUCGGAUCCUCUUCAUGUGGCCUCAUCCCGCUGUGUUCUGUGUUCCCAUGCUCCCCCAGCCCUGCCUGGACCGGGCUGGGCCCUGGGGCAGGGCUGCUGGGAGCCUUCUCCCAUGCAAAGUGUGAAUUCCUGCAUCCUUGGAAUGAGUGGCUGAGCUGCUGGUAUGUGCUUGUGUGGAUCUCAGAGACAGAAAUACCCCUGACUCCUCCAGCUUGGCCCAGAGCGAGCUCUGGCUGCCUUUAUUGUGGAGAGGAAUUUUUUUUUUGUUGUUCUUUUAUAUGCAAAUAAAGUUGCAGGAUUAUUGUGGGUUCCCCCUCCCUGUUAACAA